CCCCCGUGGGCAGCCCCAGCGCGUGCGGCCACGGAUCCCCAGCUCCAAAGGCGCCCCCCUCAGAGCCACCACCCCCAGGACCACCAGUCUGGAGCCAUGAAGACCAAGAGCCGGCCUCCCCGGCGCCGGGCGCCCCCGCAAGACCCAGAAGCCACCCCAGGGGAGCGGACGCCCGACAGGCCACCGCCGGGCUCGGGGCCAGACGCGGCCAAGGCUCUGCGGAGCCGGAGGGCGCGCGCGCAGGGGGCGCGGGCAGAGGGCGGGCGCCGGCGGCCGGGGCCGGGGAGCCGGCGGGAGAGCAGCGUCCAGCGGCGGCUGGAGAGCAACGAGCGGGAGCGGCAGCGCAUGCACAAGCUCAACAACGCCUUCCAGGCGCUGCGCGAGGUCAUCCCGCACGUGCGCGCCGACAAGAAGCUCUCCAAGAUCGAGACGCUCACGCUGGCCAAGAACUACAUCAAGUCGCUGACCGCCACCAUCCUGACCAUGUCCAGCGGCCGCCUCCCGGGCCUGGACGGGCCCGUCCCCAAGCUCUGCCAGCACUACCAGCAGCCGCAGCAGGCGGCCCGGGGCGCGCUCGGGGCCUCCGAGGCCCCGCCCGAGGGCCACCUGCAGAAGUUCUCCACGCAGAUCCACAGCUUCCGCGAGGGCUCCUAGCGCGCCGCCCCGCCCGGGUCAGCGGCCUGGCCUGCUCCUCCCAGCCCUGGGCCCUCCACGCCCCGCGGCUCCGUUCCCCUGCACUCUCAGCGCAGCCCUGGGCACGUCCCAGGGCCCAGGGACAAGACAGUUGAGUGGCCUGGUGGGGGCCACGGCUCGGGGCAGCAUGAGGCCCAUGCCUCCACAGGGUCCCAGGACCUGCUUUGUCAUCGUCUAGGCCGGAGCUGGCCGGCCCUUGUCACUAACUCCUCUUCACUCCUGCUGCCUCCCGCGGUGAGGGGAGAUUCCACGCAAAGGUUUGCUUGGGUAAGUUCCCCAGUUACUGCUCAGGCCCAGGCCCAGGCCCAGGCCCAGGGAGGGGCCUCCCCCAACCUGCCCCGUAGACUCCUCGUUCGGGGUAAACUGAGGCACGGAGCAAACAAAGCCCACAGCCUCGAGGGGAGUGGGGCUGAGCAGAGGUGCUUGGAGUGUCCAGUUCAGCGUCUGUCGGGGAGAAGCCCCAGUCAGGUCCCCUCCCAUUAAUUCUGAAGGGACCUUGUUGCGGAGAGGGGCUG